AUGAACCAACGCAGUAAAAACCUUGUGCUACUUGCACUUUCAAAUGGCAAUCAAAAUUCCGUUGAAGUGCAAAAUUUAGCCAACUCUACAAGGAUGCCAUGUUCUGAACAUACAUUGUCUCAUCAUACAAAUUCCGAGAAACAAGUAACACCAGCCAAUCUAGAUGACCUUACAACAACUACUACAGAGCAGAAUGAUACUACUUUAGAGAACCCCAGUAACUCUCCGUCUAUUUUAUAUGCCACUAAUGAAACGAAUGAACGAAAUAAUAUCGACUUCCCAACAGGUGAUUUCUCCGGCACUGAUUCAGGAGAUGACUCUCGUGCGAGGUCGUCUUCAUCCAGUAGCUCCAGAAGCAGUUCCAGCUGUAGCUCCAGUAGUAGUUCCAGUGGCAAUUCAAGUAGCAGUUCCAGUGAUACUCCUGCUGGGAAUAAUAAUUCUAAUAAUGAGAGUCUUUUUAACGGGCAUAACCAAACAGAGCAACCUAUAACUAAACCAAGAGGCAGUAAGCGUACGCGUAAUCCAACAACCUGGAAAAAGAAUGUUGCUAAGCGAUUGAAAAAUUCUGGUCAAACUUAUAUCUCAGUAAACACCAAAAAACUAAAUCAAGGUAAGACAAUGGGACCUUCAUGUACCUCAAAAUGUCGGUUAUCCUGUGCUGCAAAAUUUACUGAACAAAAAAAGGAUGGAAAUAUUUAA